CCUGGGAGAAGGAGCAGGAGGUGGCCAGCUGGGGCAGGACCCACACACCGGGACCCCCCCACACACCUGGCCUCGCCCCCAGGAUGGACUGUUACACGGCCAACUGGGACCCCUUGGGGGAGACGGCUUAUUAUAGGAAGCUUGAUCUGUACAGCAUGGGCUGGAGCCUCAAGGAGGACCUGCGGGACUGUUUGGUUGCUGCCGCUCCCUACGGGGGCCCCAUCGCGUUACUGAAAACCAGGAAAGAGAAAUCUCCCAGUUCCCGGCCACCUCUAGAAAUCUAUUCUGCCUCUGGGGUCCUCUUGGCUACCAUCCCGUGGAAGAGCUCCCCGGUGGUGCAGCUGGGCUGGACGGCUGGCGAGGACCUGCUGUGCAUCCAAGAGGACGGCUCGGUCCUUGUCUACUCCCUCUUCUGUGAGUUCAAGCGAUGCUUCAGCUUGGGCAACGAGGUGCUGCAGAACCACGUCCUGGAGGCCAAGGUGUUCCACACAGAAUACGGCACUGGCGUGGCCAUCCUGUCCGGGGCGCACAGGUUCACCAUGACCAUGAACAUCGUUGACUUGAAGCUCCGUAGGAUGCCCGAGGUGCCAGGCCUUCAGAAACCCCCCUCCUGCUGGAGUGUCCUGUGCCAAGACAGAGUCACCGUCAUCCUCCUUGCUGUCGGCCAAGACCUGUACCUUCUGGACAACACAACCUGCUCCCAGGUGACCUUGCCUGGCUUGAAUCCACAUGCUGGCGCCUAUCUGAGGAUGGCCGUGUCUUUCAACUACCACUACCUGGCGCUCUUCACCGAUACAGGCUACAUCUGGAUGGGAAUGUCCCACUUAAAGGAGAAACUGGGGGAGUUCACCUGCGAGUUUCGGACCCCACCAAAGCAGAUGGUUUGGUGCACCCGCUCCCGGAGCAAGCAGCGUGCUGUGGUGAUGGCGUGGGAGCGGCGCCUCCUUGUGGCUGGCAACGCUGAGCAGUGCAUUCAGUACCCCCUGGAGGAGGAUUCGUACCUUGUGCCCGAGCUUGACGGCGUGAGGAUUUUCUCCUGCUCCACCCACGAAUUCCUUCACGAGAUUCCAGAGGCCAGCCAGGAGAUCUUCAAGAUUGCCUCCAUGGCGCCAGGGGCGUUGCUGCUGGAGGCUCAGAAGGAGUACGAGAAAGAGAGCCAGAAAGCCGACGAAUACCUGCGGGAGAUCAAGGACCAGAAACUGCUUCCGGUGGCGGUGGAGCAGUGCAUCACGGCGGCCAGUUAUGAACACGAGCCAGAAGUCCAGAAGUCUCUUCUCCGGGCGGCCUCCUUUGGGAAAUGCUUCAUCGACAAGUUCCCUCCCGACAGCUUUGUGGAGACCUGCAGAAAGAUGAGGGUGCUCAACGCCAUCCGGGACUACCAGAUUGGGAUCCCCCUCACCUUUGACCAAUAUAAACAACUCACUACCAAAGUAUUACUGGACAGGCUGGUUCUGCGGAGGCUUUAUCCCAUCGCCAUCAAGAUCUCCGAGUACCUGCGUCUCUCCGAGUUCCAGGGGAUCAGCCGGAUCUUGGCACACUGGGCCUGUUACAAGGUGCAGCAGAAAGACAAGUCCGACGAAGAAGUGGCACAAGCCAUCAACCAGAAACUGGGCGAUACGCCGGGCAUCUCGUACUCAGAGAUCGCUGCCCGGGCGUAUGGAUGUGGCCGGCCGGAGCUGGCCAUCAAGCUGCUGGAGUAUGAGCCCCGGUCAGGGGAACAGGUCCCUCUGCUGCUGGAGAUGAAGCGGAGUCAGCUGGCCUUGAGCAAAGCCAUCGAGAGCGGAGACACCGACUUGGUUUACACGGUCGUCCUGCAUCUGAAGAACGAGUUCAACCGGGGCUCCUUCUUCAUGACCUUGCAGAAGCAGCCGGUGGCUUUGGGACUCUAUCGCCAGUUCUGCAAGCACCAGGAACUGGAUACGCUCAAAGACCUCUAUAACCAGGAUGACGACCACCAGGAGUUGGCCAACUUCCACGUCCGCUCCAGUUACGUCAGCGAGAAGCGGAUUGAGGGCCGCGUGUCCAGCCUGCAGAAUGCCGUCGACGAAUAUUACAAAGCCAAGAAUGAGUUUGCGGCCAAGGCCACGGAAGACCAGAUCAAGCUUCUCCGUGUGCAGCGCCGCCUCCAGGACGACUUCGACAAGCCGUACCUGGACUUUUCUCUCCACGACACCGUCUACAACCUCAUCCUGGAGGGGAACCACAAGCGAGCUGAGCAGCUCUACCGCGACUUCAAAAUCCCCGACAAACGGUUCUGGUGGCUGAAGAUCAAGGCCCUGGCCGAGCAGGGUGACUGGGAGGAGCUAGAGAAGUUCUCCAAAUCGAAGAAGUCCCCCAUUGGAUACCUGCCCUUCGUCGAGAUGGGCAUGAAGCACCACAACCGUCACGAGGCCAAGAAGUUUGCCGCCCGCGUUGCCCCCGAGCAGAGGGUGAAGGCCUUCCUCUUGGUGGGGGACCUGAACCAAGCUGCCGACGCUGCUAUCGAACGCAAGAAUGAGGGCGAGAUGAACCUCAUCCUGUCCAAGUGCGCGGAUGCCACGGUCACCGCCAAGAUCAACCACGCCAAGGCUCAGAUUGGGAAGAAAUAACCUUUUCCUUGCCCUGCAACUCCUUCUUGCGACGGUGGGAUGGGCCUUCAGCGGGAUGGACCUUGUACCUGUGGGGUAGUCCAGCCGCAACGAGAGCCUUAACUCUGGCUUAGAAGCUCGUUGAAGUGUUAGCCGAUCGUGAGGAAAGGAGGGCCCGGGUCCUUCUGUUGGGCUCAGAGAAGAUUCCUCCACAAUAGCGGAACGCCCUCCCCUCGCCACCCGCCCUGGACUUGAUGUUCGUGGCUUUGCGUCGACCACAGAGGAGCAGUUUUGCGUGUGAAUCAGAAAUUGCAAACUCCGUCUCCUCCUCUCUUUCCUUCUCUUCUCCCUCCUGCAACAUUUUCCGCCACUCUGUUCCUCUUCCUGCCCUUUCAAGACCCCUCCCCCAGAGGCCAUUAAUUGCACCCUCCCCCUGCCCCUCGACACAAUCCUAACUACAGAUCCCAAAUUUCAGUGCCCUUCUUCUCUCCCUGCCCCUUUCGGGAGGGCCCCGAUCCUAUGCGGCCGGCCCUCUUCCCUGCUGGUUCCUCUUGCCCUUCCCGCAUUGUGUAGCCCUGCAAAACAAGAAGCCACCAGGCUUCUCCCGGAGCGGCCGUUUGUGCUUAAAAGAGGCAGAAGCGAUGCCCAAAUCCUCAGGGGGUGUGGGGUGUGUGUGUGUGUGUGUGCAUAGGGAGGAAGGUCUUGGGCUGUGAGUUUGUCACAGCCCCCAUCCACCAAUCUGUAAAGUCUUCGUAGAAGGAAAUAAAUAAAACUGCUCCCGUCCUGAUGGCAA